CCCUCUGCUAACGACAUUGCUGCCUGCAGAUAACCACCGCCUCGCUGCGGUUGCUGUCCACGCCAAAGACGUCCUCGCGUCGACCCACGAUCGAGCACCUGACCACCAGCCUGUAGAGGGUCCCGAUGGCUCAGGUACUCGCGCCAAUCGCUCAGACUACCGGCUCUAUUACGAUGCUGCAUUCUUCUUCCGAUGGCUUCCAACACCCCCAGGCACAACAGCCCCAUCAUCCACAACCACGAUCCAACCAGAUGCCGCGGAGCCAGCUAUACAACACGCAAAAUGGGGCUGUAGGAUAUCGGAGCACGUCUUCGGCGCCCAUUGCACCAUAUGCCUUCUCCAGCACGCCCCAGCUGCGGCAAGAAAACCGAGCGUCUUCAGCCCCUAGUCCAUACACCCAACAACAGGCGGUGCAGCCGAGCAAUGCUGCAAGGCUUGGCCAUCCGUCCCACCCGUCGUCUUCAUCAGACUCUACUGUGUCGACAUCCGGCUCAUCCAGCCGCUCCAUGGCAGGACAGCCAAUGGCUUCAAAAGAUGACAUGGCGUUGGCUUCCGACGCGAGGAAAUCGACCGCGGAUAACUUUCCAGCUUCGACGGUAGCACUAUCCACCUCCGUUCCUGACCUCACUCUAUCCGCUCUAGACGCCCCUGUCAAGCCUUCUCCAGAUCGCUAUCGUCGGGGUGCUCGCCGAAACGAGUCUUCCAACGGAGCGACGGCGUCUUCGUCCACCCCCACCCCUACUCAACAGUCACCCUCCAUCGGGGCGACCCCGCAAUCAGCAGCUUUGAAGAUAAGCAGCGUGCCAGCGUUAACGGCUCCCGAAUUGCAGGCUCCAUAUCGGCCAGGUCACAAUCGGGCUAAUAGCGCCGAUGACAUGCAGCUACCACGACAAGGCCCAAUCGACCAAGCUAAGCGUUAUAGGAGGCGAAGUCUGAGUGGCUUUGAGGCCAGCUCAGUACCAAAGACAGGACCGGUGACCCCUAUUUCAAGUGCUCCUAUCACUUCUUCAACCAAACGACCAGCUCAGGAUGUCAGACCGGCAUCCAGCUCAAGUCGCCAUGGGAGCCGACCCAGCUCUAGUCACGAGAGACAAGGCAGUGCAGGAAGCGUCUCUUCAAACACUUCCCGACCUUCGUCUCGACAAGAUGCCACCUCUCUCCGCGCCUCUGGAAUGAGCCCUGUCCUCCCCCCCUCAAGAAGCUCGAAUGAACCUCCUCGGAGGACUGUUGCUCCCUCGCCUCUCUCAAAGCCUCUCUCACCUUCUGAACCUCCUAGCCCCGCGAAGAAGGCCGUGCAGCCGACUGCAGGCCCACCGAGUCCGGCCAUGCAGCAGCUGAGCGUGAUAAACGAUAAGGAGUCGGGCAAGGGCAUGAAAUCGCGCUUGCGACGCGCGUUUUCUUUUGGUAGUGCAGCAGAGCUCCGUCGGGCUUCUGCUGAGAACAAUAUGUCUGCCGAGCGUGCAAAAUUGCGAAAGGACAAAUACCAAAACCAAAACGAACAGGAUGUUGAGAAUGAUGCCAUUAUUGCGAAGCAAGAAGCGGCUGGAAUUGGGGCUGGCAUCUACUCUGGACAAGGAGGGUUCUCUGGAUCUACCGACAAUUUGUCUAUUUCGUCGACGGCUUCCUCGGCUUCGAUUAUGCUUCGAAAGAUGGGUAGUGGCAUGAAGAGGGGUACAAGAUCUAUCAAAGGUCUUUUCAGGCCAAAGUCUGUCAUUGGGGUUCCUGCCGCAGACACUGCUGUUACACAGGCAAGUGUAGGUCAGGUCUCCAUGGUCACCGUGGAAGCAGAAAGGCAGAAGGUCAAUGUCAAUGCCGACCCCCAUGAUCAAGUCGGCGGCGGAACUGGUUACCCAAGGCUAGAACGCAACUCUCUCGAUGCAGUUCGAACUGCCAGUGAUGUCGAUGGUUUACCUAACCUCUCAACAACCGAGUCGUCAAGGAAGAGCAUCGUUGGUGGGGACCGAGAGCGUGCGGAAGUUCUUUCUUCCAUGAAGAAAGGCAUUUUGAAACGUACUGGUACGAGCUCGGGCUCCUCUUCGCCCGUCGUUAAACCCACGGACAUCCUGCAUCCCAAUGAUUCGCCCAAGUCUAGCGCUCCAAGCACCCCGAACGAUGAGCACGCGCGUCCAGUUCAUGUUCACAUCAAUGGAGAGGAUUAUUUUGGCCGGACUCCCCGUCUUCCGAACAACAGUACAAGGAGUCUUCCUAAUACACCACACGGGUCUAGGAACAUCAGCUUCAGCCCCCGCCUCCAAUUCCACGACGCAUGGUCAAGCGCUGAAUAUGAUCGUCGCGGAGAUAUUGCCACGUGCAAUAGGCUUACCCCUAUGCUUGCACAACAGAUCAAGGAAGAGCUCAAUUCCUUCAAAAUGGAAAUGGAAGUACACGAGAUGUCAAAACCACACACCCAUUUCUUCUAAUGAUUAUGCAUCCACAUAUGGACAUUAU